CUUGUCAGCUUUCUCUGUUUUCUUAUUUAAGCUCUGGUUCCCGAACUAUAUUAAGAUGAAGGCAAAAAGAUUUCAUUACCGAGGUUGUGACAUUAUAGAUGAUUAUGGUGAUGAUCAGUUUGAGAUAACCGGCCCUAAGAAACUGGAAGCAUAUUUGGAAAAAGUUCUAUCUAAAAAGAGGAGAUUUGCCGGAAAGGAAUUACUACCGCCUAUCGUUGAGGCCUUAAACAAUGAGUUGGAGCUCAAGUUUGUGGAAAAUAACUUGUUUACAGUAUUGGGUUUUUGCCUACAAUUCAUAAUAAAAGGGCCUUCCACGGAGCGACAGCUUGCAUUAAAUGCACUUGGUUUGUUGGCAAUGACCAUUGACAACGAGGAUGAUGCCCGUGAAUUAUAUAGAAGCUCCCUAGCUGUUCUUUCUGAGACUCUAAAUUCUGGGACUGAGACCUUGAAGAUACUGGAUUCCUUAGCUAUGAUCACAUUUUUCUGUGCAAAUUAUUCAAACGAGACGGAAGAACCAAUGAAAAUUAUUUGGACAUUCUUGGAUGCUGACUCUGAUAAUGAAGUUGCAAGGAAACAUUCAUCAGCUGUUCUAGCUGCAGCAAUUUCUGCCUGGUCUUUUCUGCUCACAACCAUGGAGACAUGGAGACUCAACGAAGAAGAUUGGCAAGGAGCAAUUUCUUAUUUUACCAAUGUACUAGAGGAAGGUGAUGAAUCUGUGCAUGUAGCAGCUGCUGAAGCUUUAGCCCUGAUAUUCGAAAUUGAUUGCCUCAAGAAGUUCUCUACUCUGGUGGAUUGCUCACUCUGUGAAGAGGAUAGAACCCUGAUGGAAGAUUUACUCAAAGAAGAACUGAAGAAUACUAUUGCAGAGAAACUGAAAGCAAGGGAUGAAGACUCUGCUAGACAAGGCACUAUUGCAAAUUUAGAUGUGCUGAACUAUUUCGAGAAUGGUACUGCCCCAGAAGAUGUUACUAUCGGUGAAGAUGGACUAGAGUUAUAUACAUGGUCUCAAAUACUAAGGGUGAAUUUUUUGAAGAAUCUUCUAGGAGAAGAUCGAGUGGAGAAACACAGCAUGGAAAAAGAAUAUCUCCAUUACAUUUUCUCUGUGAGACCAACAACUUUUAAUUCUUCAAAUGUUGAACUCUACAUGCCAAUCAGGGAAGAGGCCACUGUUCGAUAUUUUUAUAAAACAGCCAUGUCUCCAAAUUCUUUCAUCGCCAAAAAAAGGACUCAGCUACGGAACAAGCAGCGCUUAAUAUCAGAGGAGGACAAGGUCAGUCAUUUCCUGGACAAUGAUGACGGGAUUCAAUUGCCUUGAAGAAGAUGUUACAAGUGCUCAGAGUGACAACAAAUUCGUGAAGCUUACAAUUAAUCUAUUUUUGCUCAAUUUUUUCUUCUUCUUUUACCAACUAGAUUAGAGUUCACUGUUUAUGUAAUUAACUGGAUUAAUUUUUUGUUCCAUUUAAUAAAAGGUGACAGGGUGUCACCCUUUUUUGAUAA